AAUUCUCAUCACAUAAAAUUCCUUUUGAAUUUUGAUACAUCAACCAAAGAAACAGUGAAACACACUCGCUGAACUUUCAACUUUGUGUGUGCCACUUUUUGAAAGGCUCAGGUGGCAAAGAUGGCAGUGGAGAUGGCCAUCAGAGCUUCAGUCACCCCAAGACCUCAUAUUUCUCUUCCUCCUCCUUCUUCUCCUUCACCAUCAUCAUCAUCAUCAUCAUCAUCAUCCACACCUAAAUUUUCUUUCAAACCCCAAUUCAGACCCAUCUCUGUAUCACUCCCAACAUCAACUACCCUCUCUCUCUUGGCUCUCUUCACCUCUCCCUUUGAAGCCAAGGCCUUUAGCCUCUCCAAGGAUCAAAUAGUCUCUUCCCUCACUGAAGUGGAGCAGACAAUUGAUCAAGUUCAGCAAGUGGGUUCCAGUGUUUUUGUUAACACAGAGCGUUUUCUUGAAGCUUUUUUAAAUGCAGUGAAGCCUGGCAUGGAUGUGGCAUUGCCAAUUGCUAAGCAGGCUGGAGAACAAGCACUGAAGAUAGCUUCUCCUGCAAUUUCUGAGGUUUCAAAGAAAGCCCAAGAAGCAAUUCAAAGUUCCGGGAUUGACACAGAGCCUGUUUACAAUGCUGCAAAGACGAUAGGUGAUGCAGCAGGACAGACCACCAAAGUAAUUCAAGAUGCCAAACCCAUUGCUUCAUCAACUGUCGAGACCAUUUCAUCAGCGGAUCCUGUUGUGAUUGCUGGAACUGCUGGAGUAAUAUUCCUCACAUACUUCCUUCUUCCUCCAAUUUGGUCUGCUAUCUCUUUUAACCUCAGAGGAUACAAAGGUGCCCUCACUCCUGCUCAAACCCUUGAUCUCGUUUCUACGAAGAACCACCUUCUGAUCGAUAUUCGAUCAGAGAAGGAAAAGGACAAGGCUGGCAUUCCUCGCCUUCCAUCUAGUGCCAAAAGCAAAUUGAUUGCUAUUCCCUUGGAAGAACUACCAAGCAAAUUGAAAGGCCUAGUCAGAAAUGUGAAGAAAGUAGAGGCUGAGAUAGCGGCUUUGAAAAUUGCUUAUCUCAAGAGAGUUAACAAAGGCACCAACAUCGUCAUCUUGGACUCGUACUCUGAUUCAGGUAAAAUAGUAGCAAGAGCACUAACUAAUCUAGGCUUUAAGAACACCUGGAUUGUAGCAGACGGGUUCUCUGGAAACAAAGGGUGGUUACAGAGUCGUUUAGGGAUAGAUUCAUACAAUUUCUCCUUUGCUGAGGUGAUAUCACCGUCAAGAAUCAUCCCAGCAGCUACCCGACGUUUUGGUACUACAGCUCAGUCUGGUCGAAAGCUUCUUUCAGAAUAACUUAAUUCAAAGCUCCGUCUUUUUUUUUUCUUUUUCAAAAUUAUCUAGUACUUUGUUAUUGUUGUUAGUCGAUCUAUUUGUAUAUUUUGUAAUUCAUUUCUUGCACCUUUGUCUAUAAAAUAAUUAUCCUCACGCUUA